AAUGGAGAAGAUGGAAAGAAGGUGACAAGGGGAAGAAGGAAAACCUGCGAUAUGAAUAGUUAGGGUUGGGUUGGGUGGUGGCAAUAGCAAAUAGCAAAUAGCAAUGGGUAGCUCAGAAGAGAGGGUUCUUCUGGAGGAGCAAUUGGAGCUUCAAUUGCAGGAGCAAAGGGAUUCCCUCUCUGCAAUCGAUGAAGCUCUUCUCUCUGAUCCUACCAACUCCGAGCUCGUUGCGGUUCAUGAAGAGCUUGUUCAGGCAAUUAAAGAUGCAGAGGAAGGGCUUCUUCAUCUAAAACGUGCAAGAUUAUUACAGGAAGUAGAUUCUGUGCUGCAUAACACUAAUAUGUUUACUGAAGAAGAGAAAGUGGAGCCCCUUGAUCCCACAGAUGUAGAACCAGAGCCCCUGGAGGAAAAAAGCUAUUCUAUUGGAUCUAAAUGUAGAUUCCGUCACAAAGAUGGGCGUUGGUACAAUGGUCAAGUGGUGCAAUUGGAUAAUUCAGUAGCAAAGAUUUCGUUCCUUACUCCUACAUCUGAGAAUAUGCUGAUGUGCAAGUUCUUUUUACAACAUCGAUGUCGAUUUGGUGCUAACUGUCGCCAAUCGCAUGGAGUUGAUGUUCAACUGUCCUCCCUCAAGAGAUAUGUCCCAACAAUCUGGAAGCCAUCCCUUGUGGGAUCAAGUAUAUGGGCACUCUCAGAUGCAAAAACAGGCAUUUGGAGAGAAGCUGAGCUUGAGCUCUGGGAUGAAAAAGCUGGAGUUGGACAAGUUGUUUUCAGAGACAGUGGAAGUUCUAUGAAGCUUUGUGCAGAAGAAAUAGUAUUAUCUGAGUAUGCAGAAGUAAGCGACUUAGAGAGUGAUUCCAGCUUAGAACAAUCCGAGUCCAGUGACUACGAUGAAGAGGAAUCACAAGGUUUAGGAUUUCUAGAGAGUACCAACUUACAGAAAGGUAUUCAAACCGACACUGCUUUGUUUGCUAAGUGGGAGAACCACACUAGAGGCAUAGCUUCCAAAAUGAUGGCUAAUAUGGGUUUCCGAGAAGGAAUGGGUUUAGGUGUAACUGGUCAGGGAAUGCUUGAUCCGAUACCUGUGAAGGUUCUGCCACCAAAGCAAUCCUUAGAUCAUGCACUUGAUUCUCGUAAAGGGGAAGAGAAUAAUGAGAAGCAAGGUAAGAAACGGAGCCGAGGUGGUAAGAGAAAACGUGAAAAGAAAUUCGCAGAAGCGAAUCGCACAGCGAAAGAGGAAGAAGAAUCAGCACCAGAUGUCUUCACACUAAUAAACAAUCAACUGGCAAUGCAUGGUGAAGCUUCCAAUGGUGGAUCAAUGAAGAAGCAGCAAAGUAAAGAUUCAGGGGAAGUUAAAAAGGUGGAUAGGAAGGUGUUGGUUGCUUAUGAGGAUGAGGUGAAGGGUUUGAAGAUGAGGGUUGCAAAGCUUGAACAAAUGGUGAAUGCUAACAAAAAGGAGAAGGCUGUUUAUGAGGCUGCUAUGAGAAAAUUAGUUGAAACCCGCAAGGCUUUGGCAGAGGCUGAAUCAGUUCAUGCCUCAGCCUCAAAUACAGUUGUUGGCAAAGAAAAAGAGAAGAGAUGGCUUAAGUUUUAGUAAGGACUUAGGACUCGGUUCUGUCUGUAGUAGCAUAAUAUAAUGCCUUCAAUUUAUUGUAAUGCUGAUACUUUAAAAGAAGAAAAAAAGGAAAGGAAAUUUACUGGGUUUAACUCAGCUAAGAUAUUAGGAGAUUGCACUGUAGUAUGUAGCCUUCUACAUGUUAUAUUCUAUCAUGUUUGCUUUUUUA